UCAGCUAACGAUUUCGUGCUCUUAACGGUCCUCACUCACUCACUCAGUCGAGCUCUCCUCACAGCCUCCUGCACAGGAAUCAGCCUCCAGUCGUCGUCCUUCGUCCUUGUCUUGUAGCUACGUGUUCGCGUCGCGUGUUUGCUAGCCGUUCGUGCCGUUCGAUAUAUUAAAGAAAAUGAAGUACUUCGUUGCCAUUGCUCUGCUGUUCGCCGCCGCUCAGGCCGUCCCCAUCGAGCUGGGCCACUACGCCCCUGCGCUGGUCCACCACGCGCCCAUCCUGUCCCAUGCCGUCCAUGCCGUCCACGCCGAGCCGGUGGCCUAUCCCAAGUACUCCUUCAACUACGGCAUCAAGGAUCCCCACACCGGCGACAUCAAGUCGCAGGCCGAGGAGCGCGACGGCGAUGUUGUGAAGGGCCAGUACUCCCUGGUUGAGCCCGAUGGUUCGGUGCGCACCGUCGACUACACCGCCGACGACCACAACGGCUUCAACGCAGUGGUCCACAAGACCGCCCCCACCAAGAUCAUCGCCCAUGCGCCCGUGCUGCAUGCCGCCCCCGUGCUGGCCCACGCCCCCCUGCUGCACCACUACUAAGGGAAGGCGGGAGCCCGACUUAGUCGCCAAGGUGCUCUCCCUCUCGCUCUCAUCCAGCCACAAACAAACAGAAACAUCAUAGGAACAACAAACAGAAAAACGAACAAAAAACUACAAAAAAAAAUCAAACAAGCAACGAAAUCGACAAUUCUUUUGUAAGUAAGCUUAGCUAAGAGUUUAGUAGACACGGGCCGCCUUAGGGGGCGUGUCCCGGCACCCGGCUGAUCCUGGCAUGGCACAAGGACGAAG